UAGUUUGGUUAAUCAGUGAUACGGUUUUAACCAAAAAAUAUUUAAUUCUUGACUCACGGGAUAGGGAAUUGGAGUAGCAAUUAAAUCUAAGUGGACAGUAGCGGCAGACAUUUAACAACGACUCAAAUUUAAGUGGCGUUUUCAUUCCAAGGAUAGAUGUCUAAAUGCUGCAACUCAAUACUCUAGCGACAUCUAUUAUCGGAUAGCAACAAUGAUGACUUCAGUUUCGCUACUCGUCGCUUUGCUCGUGUCGCUGCAGUGCGUCUUCCAAACGAGUGCGCACGUUGAUAAUAGAAAACGAUUAGACAACAAUAUACAGCCUAAUGCUCCAUCGGGCAAGCGGCGCCUGGGUGACAACCUGCGGUUCCGCAGCACGCCGCCGGAGACGGUGCAGCUGGCGCCGGACAGCCGGCUCGUGCUCAAGUGUGUCGUCAUCGGCCGGCCCGCGCCCAACAUGCAGUGGCUGAAGAACGGAGAGCCUGUCGAUUAUGAAAUCGAAAGCAACGACAUUCUGCCGGCUGAACCCUCAAGCAUCGUCGAGAUGGUCAGCAAGAUAGUUGUGUCCUCAGCGAUCUCCGGCGACAUUUACACGUGUGUGGCGACCUCUGGCAUCAAGCAGAAAUCUGCAUCCACUACCGUUUAUACCCUUGAAGGUAACGAUGAAGAGAACCUCGUGACUCUUCAGAAGCUGUUCCGUAUGCCCGUCAAGCCAGUGAUCACGACUUAUUACUCGAACAUCUUCCAAAACAUCGGCACUGACGUCGUGUUGCCGUGCCGGCUGGACAGCAACAGCGAGACCCAGCUGUACUGGCACGACAACAACGACAAACUUGUCUUCGGAAACUCUAGGAUGCGGGUGCUGCCCUCUGGCGGGCUUUUAAUCACGAACCUAAGGUGGUCGGACAUGGGUAACUACACUUGUUUCGCGAAAAACGCCUACGGAAGUGACGUCAUCGAAACGUUUAUUUACCCUUUGAAGCCGUCAAAAGCAUAAAGCGCUAACCACAACCCCGAUCAGAAACUCAGCCCGCCGAUACAAUCUCCAUGUUCCUAUUUAAGUGACGAUUAUUCUUAACUUAUUGUUAGCUUUAAGUUACAAUGUAUACAACCAUUACUUAUAAGUACUUAAUAUAUUUAAAUCGAUGUUAUUUUAUACCAUGACAAGUACAUACAUAAAAACACUUAACUUGUAAAAAAAUCGUCGAAAUUGAGAACCACCUUCUCUUUGAAGGCGGUUUAAAUAUUAAUAAAACUUACUAUUUGAAAAUGUAUGUUAUCAUACAUAGCCUAUAACAAUAUUAUAGUGACAUUUCAAUAAGCGUUAACAAUGAUAGCAAUCAUUGAAAUGUAUGAAAA